CUCCAUGGUAAUGGCUAACAUGAACUGCUGUAAAGUGAGCUGAGGCGUCGCACGUUAGUUUACGUUUUACAGCCCUCCGUCAACGAGUUUAAGUCGGGGGAGCAACGUGGUGGCGUCGCUGAAGGCAACACGUUUUGGGAUUUGGGAGGGUAUUGAUGUGUGUGUUCGACAGCUAUGAAGCUCUUUUCGAGUAUAAAAUAAAACAUUUAGAAUUAUAGGUAGGUUUGUCGUGAAGCCGACGGCGAUGGCCCUGUACGUGAAAGCCGCCGAGGUUCUUGAGAAAGCGGAGCGGAAGGAGAGCUCUGUGAAGACCCUGGUGUACAACAGCCAGUUCCAGAACAUCAAGCAGCUCUUCGCGCUGGUCAGCGAGACGCUGAAGUACUCCGCUGUGCUCGAGGAGAUCAUCAGCAGCACAGGCCUGCUCAAGGAGAAGAAGCUGAAGAUGCACGUUGCCAAGGUGCUGGUGUACGACCUGCUGUUCGGCCGCGGGCUCAAGUGUGGAGGCAGCUGGAAGGUCCUGCUCCUACGCCAGCAGCCUCGGCUGCAGGCUGCGCUGGCCAGGCUGAAGGUCAGGAGGAAGGUCUGCCGCAACGAGGACCUGCUCUGCGCCGCCGGCCGGGACGCGGCGGAGGAUGUGGUGCCGCGCUACGUGCGUGUGAACACACUGAAGACCAAUGUGGAGGAUGUGAUUGACUACUUGAAGAGAGAUGGUUUCUCGUACUUGGGUCAGGCCAGCAGACUAGAGGAUUUGCGCAGGCUCUCCGGGAAGAAUUUCAUCGGUGACCUUCACCUCCCAGAGCUGCUCGUCUUUCCUCCCAGAACCGACUUCCACUCCCACUUCCUGUACCAGGCAGGACACAUCAUCCUGCAGGACAAGGCCAGCUGCCUCCCCGCCUGCCUCCUGCAGCCCCCUCCUGGGGCGCACGUCCUGGACGCCUGCGCCGCCCCUGGGAACAAGACCAGCCACCUGGCGGCGCUGCUGGGAAACAAGGGGAAGCUGUUCGCUUUCGACCUGGACCCCAAGCGCCUGGCCACCAUGAGCACCCUGCUGCUGCGGGCGGGGGUCACGUGUCAGGAGCUGGCCGCUCAGGACUUCCUGAAGGUGGACCCCGAUGACCCCAAGUACGGCCGGGUGGAGUACCUCCUGCUGGACCCGUCCUGCAGCGGGUCAGGGAUGGCCGGUCGGCGGGGCGAGCGCGUGGCCCCGGAGGAGGAGGAGCGCCGACUGCAGGCCCUGGCGGGCUUCCAGCUGCGCUGCCUGCGCCACGCCCUCCGCUUCCCCAGCCUGCGGCGCCUCGUCUACUCCACCUGCUCCACGCACGCCCAGGAGAACGAGGAGGUCGUCCAGGCCUGCCUGCAGGAGCACGGCGCCAGCUACAGGCUGGUGCCGCUGCUGCCCAGCUGGCAGGAGCGUGGCCACGCCCCCCUGAGCCAGUGCCUGCGCGCCAGCCCCAGCGAGACGCUCACCCACGGCUUCUUCGUGGCUAUGCUGGAGCGCCGGGGCCCCGGGGAGGAGCAGGAGGAGCAGGGCCGCUGCUCUCUCCCUGCUGCCUCUGUGACGUCGUCAGCAGCGCCCCCAGACAGCGAGGCCGGAGAGGAGCCCCAGCAGCGUGCCGCCGCCGCCGAGACACAGACAGUGGGCGCGAAGACCAGGAGGAAGAGGAAGAAGAAGAGGAGACCUGCAGCACAGGGUGACUGAGCCCUUGGCUGAGAGAGGUGUCCAGUCUGUGAUGACGUUGGCGCUCAAGGAAGCAGCUCCUCAGCAUCGGGGCUGGAGGCCCAGUGAGACAGACUGACCAGCCCAGGUCCUGGAGGAACAAUCUCCCGACUUUCUCCUGCUAGGAUCUUAAAUCACAGCCUAAUCACUUUCCAUGUGUAAACUUGCUUUCGGCUCUUAAAAGGUCAAUGGGGAUUUGAAAUUGGCAUCAACCCUGUACUGAUUUCUGGGCUUCAGAACUGCCCUUAUUGGGACGAGUUGCCUGAAGUGUCACAGCAGGAAAAUUACCCGGUGGACGUGUCUGACCCACUGUCCCUCAUCAGCUGAUCAAUACAUGUUUUGUCUGAAAUAACAGCAAGGAACUUUAGCAGAGACUGUGUAUGGUUUUGUGUGCUGAAACUGUUGGUAGUUCAAACAUGAACUAGUCCAUCUUUAACACGCUAGUCUGACUGAAAGAGGUUAAUUUUAAGUCUAAACAAGCAGGCAAAUCAAUUGUCUCGGGAGAUUCAGAGCUCAGCUGGAAUGAAAACAAGCCAACAGCAGUGCUCCAGGACCAGGAACCACCAUUUUUUGCAGCUCUAAGUACUUUACAGCACAUGGGUCUCACUGAAUAGCAAAGGGUUUGGUCUGGGCUCAGGGGUCGGGAAAAACAGAGAUGCCAUCUAUCCUCCUGUCGAACACUGUGACAAUUAAAAAGGUAAAUGACUGA